AUGCAUUUUCACAUUCAAACUUCUGAAAAUUUUGGAAAACUCAAGAAUUUUCCUAAAGAACCUUAUCGCCAUGAUUUUUGUCAUAGACUGAAAAGCUUUUCUCUUCUCUCACGGACAGAUUUUUUCGUACAAACAACAGAAUCCAAUGAGUAUGAGGUGCAGAGUAAAUGGGAUGAAAUUUAUAGCAAAAUGGAGUGA